CCCAAAACCUCUCAGCCCAUUUUGAAAUCACACUGGUUUUGGUUACUCUUGGUAGCCAUAGGAGGCAUUGUUGCAAAACCACUACUUGCUCAGUUGGAAAACUCAAAUCUCUUAGCUUCCUCGCUGAAUCUUGCAUACCCAUUUACUCAGUUUUCUUUGAGAUUAACAGAUGGCUUUGAGGCGCUUCCUUGGGUUCUCAGAUGGUGAGCUGAUGAGGUCAGAUGCUAAACCUUGUUCCAGACUAAUGAGGCAGACAGCUGGAAUUUUUACUGUUGGAGGAGCGUUAGGAUUCUGGGUUCUCUGUAGGUUGCACUAUGGUCCUAGAAUUACAGUUCCUAGGAGCCUUCGCUGGGCUACUUGUGGAGCUAUUUCUGUGAGUUCAACCACUGCUCUCCUGGUCCGCCUUUUCAGUCCUGAAUGUGAACCCCAGAAUAUAGCUGCUUAUGACAAAAUAAAUUAGUGAUACAUUACUAUUAAUGUUGAAACUAUCAUGUAUUAAAUGAGCCCAUCUAUCCUUCUUUUGUGGAGACAUAGAUCCUAUUGCAGUUUUCCUUUGUUGACCACCAAAAACUUGUUGAUGUGGAUAUGGUGCCUUUGUGUAUAACUUGAUGUGCACUUCAUCCUGAGAAUGCUUUGCAGAAAAGUUAGCCUUGUCUGAGGAUUUGUUGUCCUUGAUUUAGCAUGGUCAUGAAAAUUGAUUAUGCUUCUUGUGAGUUGGUUUCCAUCAUUAAUCUGUAGCAACAUUAUGUCUGUCUAUAUACUUAUGAGUUUUGAUUAUAAAUACAUGCUCAUUCUGAGAAUUAAAUUGUAUCA